AUGAAUUGCGAAAAAUUAAGCACGGUCCUUCAUUGGAAUUACAGAGGUUUCACAGAAUUUCCGAUACGUUAUCUACAAGGUGAAGAAGCCGAAGUAACGGAUAUUUAUUUAAAGGAGAAUUUAAUAUCGCAUGUUUCGAACGACAUCGGUAAAUUGCGAAACCUAGAAAGUUUGUAUUUAAGCGGCAACGAUAUCACGGAGCUGCCUCGAGAGAUAUCGAACUUGCGCUGCUUGAAGUGUUUGGAUGUCAGCGGGAAUCGAUUGCGGUGCAUCCCCGACGAGAUCGGCGAAAUGAGGGCCUUGAAAUUCUUGAUAUUAGACGAGAACGAGCUUCGUUCGUUGCCUUUGAGGAUCGCCGAGUUGCGAUUGCUGCGAUAUCUUUCGGUUUGUGAUAACCAACUACAGUGGCUACCACAAAGGCCUGUUUACAAUUACUACCACUGCGAACUCAGAUUUUGGAGAAACGUUGACUUGAAAUCCAUACCUUAUUCUCUUUGGUAUCAUAUGUUUCGUGAUCAACAAACAAGGAGCCUUAAUAUCGGAUGCUUGGACAUAACGAGAAACCUACAAACUAACCGAAAUAGAUGCAAGUGUCGCUUAAAAAUUCAUCAAGAAUCCAAAGAAUUUGAAAUCGACAUCAAUUGUCCACCGCAAUACAAUAUUAUUAUUGAAAAUGGAGUUCAGUUACCUCCGAGUCUUUAUGAAUUAUCAAGAAGAAUUGUAUAUCAAACACUUUCUAUGGCUGCAAGACAAUUGACAACACGACUGAGUUUAUAUUCAGAUAGAAACAAUUAUUAUGAAGAGAAAUGUGGUUAUCAAAAUAAUUUCAUGGUCGACCUUGAAAAUAAUUUUAGUGGAUUUGGAAUAAACAGACAUGAAGAAAAUAAGUUCUGUGAUUUAAAUGGAAAUAAAAUGAAUUUAAUUCCAAAUAGCAUUCCAAAAUAUUCAGGAAAUUGUAAAAAUGAAAGAAGAGACUAUUACGUAGUCAGCGAUAUUAUUGAUAAUUUUUGUUCAUAUCUACCACAUUUUCUUAAAUCUGACCUAUGCAAUGGACCGAUUUCAAAAUGUGAAAACGUUUAUUGCAAGAAACCAAUAUUUGACUACGUGUACUACGAAUUUUGCUUAGAAAAAAUAAUACUCAUAGAUAGCGCCGAAGAAGUGAUAUUAAGCUUAACAUUUUGCUCAAAAACGUGUAGGGAUUUCUGGAAAUCCGGAAAGAAAAACAUUCUACCAUGGUCUUUAAUUAAAUAA